AAUGUUCAAAGCAAUCUCUAUUGAGCUAUAAUAAAGUGCAGUGCAUAAGUUCAUUCUUGUUGCAAUACUACCAAGCGUCUUAUAUUACUAUUGCAAGUUAUAAUGCAUGGUUGAUUUCUUGAAGGUCCUCGUAGCUAUAGAAGUUUUGUUCAAAGAGUCUUAACAAUUUUGGGCCUCUAGUUUUUGUUAUUUAACGUCACUUUUGUCUGUAAAUUUUAAACUUAAUACAAAUACCAAUAUGAUGAUUUACUGGUUGAGAGGCAAAGUGGAAGCAUAGGAAUCUUAGGAGCCACUAUUAUUAGUCACGUAUUGCAUUAGCUCUUGUUCGAGGCUUCUAAUAUGGCAGUUAUGAGAUCUAAGUCAUAGAGGGAGCUUAAGUGGGAUUUGAUGUGCCAGGCAAGGUGGAAGCAAGUUCAUUGGAGGUUUCAAGGGAACAUAACACUUGGAGCGUUUGUGAUAGAUUUGCCUACAUUGCAGGAUGCAGAGAGUGGAGUAGAAGUUAGUCCCUUUUUAUUCAAUUGAUCCAAUAUUUGCUUCAGAAGAUAGGAUAAGGUUGGCGUUUCUUAGUUGAUAAUUUUCGUCCUGGAAAAGAACCUCAAUGCUGAGUGUUAUUUAUUAUUGAUAUGGUUCUGUAGAGUGACGAUCCUCGUAAGGUUGGAAAAUGGAUUUUGUGACGGAGGAAGAGAAAACCGAGGAUUACCUUUUCAAGAUCGUAUUGGUUGGUGAUUCAGCUGUUGGGAAAUCGAAUUUACUUGCAAGAUUCGCUAGGGAUGAGUUCUACCCUAACUCAAAGUCGACCAUAGGAGUGGAGUUUCAAACCCAGAAGGUCCAUUUAGAUGGGAAGGAAAUUAAGGCACAGAUCUGGGAUACAGCUGGUCAGGAGCGUUUUAGGGCUGUUACAUCUGCAUAUUACCGAGGUGCGGUUGGAGCUCUCCUUGUGUAUGACAUCAGCAGACGACAGACUUUUGAUAGCAUCGGCAGAUGGCUAAAUGAACUUCAGACUCACUCUGACAUGAACGUAGUCACCAUUUUAGUAGGCAACAAGUCAGAUCUCCGGGAUGCCAGGGAAGUGUCUAUUGCUGAAGGGAAGUCUUUGGCGGAGGCACAGGGUUUGUUUUUCAUGGAGACGUCUGCCCUUGAUUCCUCCAAUGUAGCAGCUGCCUUUCAGACAGUUGUUAAAGAGAUCUAUAACAUAUUAAGCAAGAAAGUUAUGAUGUCUCACGAGCUGAAUAAGCCAGAUUCUUCUUCAUUUGAUGGAAAGACCGUGGUUCUACCAUCAGAAGAUAACCCACAACCUGAUGCAGCAGAGGCUAAAGCGGGCGGCGGUUGUUGUUGAUGCUUCAGAAAAUAUAAACCCUAUGCUCCUCCGGUCCUGUCAGUUAGGCCUCAAGUUGCGGAUAAUUUCUUCUUCAUCUUCUUCCCUACCGGUAAAAUGUUAAUAAAUACUUGUUUUGACAUGUCCAUGAUAAUCUUUAUGGUGGUUGAUACAUGGAUUAGCUAAAGAUGUAAAUGAAAGUGAAGGUGAAGGGGGCAUUAAAAGGGGAAAAGAAAAGCAAAUGAUAUAAGAUAAUAUAUUUAGAA